AGUGGGGUUUGACACGUGAUUUAAUCGAUUUCCUUAUAGCCUAUUACUUUAUUAUUUAUUUAAUUGAAAAUAACUGAACUUCAACUAUGGUUAAAAAUGAGGCGGACUCGCCUGGCUUCUACUCCGUUCCGAUUCCUGGCACUGAGGAAGAAGGCUUUAGUCCCGUUUACAGACACCCUAAGCACGAAAAAAUUCUAGGUGCAUCAGACUUUGGUGAUUUCAAGACAUCUUGGGAUCUUUUUCAAGCUGGUUUAAGGAGAAACCCCGACGCUGAAUGCGUCGGGAAAAGAAAACGGCUCCCUGACGGAAAAUUAGGCGAUUUCGAGUUUAACACUUACUCAGAAUUCUUCAAAACCACCAAGGCCGUGGGCAGUUCCCUCGUUCAUCAUAACCUAGUGAAGGAGCAAAGAAUAUCUCAAAGUUCUUUCCAAGGAACUUGUAAAUUAGUUGGGUUAUUUCUCCCAAGCUGUGAAGAGUGGCUUCUCCUAGAACAAGCAUGCUACGGUUACGGCUACACACUCGUUCCAAUCUACACUACUCUAGGAACUGAAUCUAUUCUAUUCGUAUUAACCAACACAGGACUUGAAUUGCUAUUUUGUACUGAGGAAAACGCGGAAAAGCUUUUUGAAGUGCUUUCCCUCUCAAAAACUAAAUUACCUCUGAGGAAUUUGGUACUCGUCAACUCAUCCUCAGUUAGCGAAAAACUUGUAAAUAACCCUUACAACCUCAAGUUCAUGCUCUGGUCUGAUUUUCUACAAAAGGGUAUGGAUACUGAGUUGGAUCCAACUCCGGGUGAUCCUGACUCGCUUAAUAUAAUUUCUUAUACGUCUGGAACGACGGGAUCCCCUAAGGGUGUCAUGAUCACUCAUAAGAAUUUCAUCGACACUGUGCUGGUGACUAUCGAGGGAGUGUGCAGACCCAUGGGCAUGGACGAGCAGCACUUCAGUUGUCACCUCAGCUACCUGCCAAUGGCCCACAUGUUCGAAAAGGACUUUGUUAAUGCAGUUUUCUAUCUCGGAGGCAAAAUCGGGAUUUACUCAGGGGACGUUAAACUCAUAAUGGACGAUCUCCAAACACUCAAACCAACCCUGUUCAUCAGCGUUCCGCGACUUUUUCAGAGAAUACACGACAAGAUCCUCUCUGGAGUCCAAACUAAAUCCGCACUCGCACGACACCUGUUCUCACGAGGACUCGAAUCUAAAAUCAACCGAAUCAGAAACAACGGAGUCUACACACACAAAUUCUACGAUAAAUUGAUAUUCGACAAGGUUAAUAAGUUGAUGGGUGGGAAUUUGAAGUGGUUGUUUGUUGGUUCAUCGUGUUUGAGUGAGAUGGUAAUUGACAGAGUUCGAGCAAUGAUUGGAAAGCCUCUGUUUUGGGGCUAUGGUCUUACAGAAUGCUGUGCAGGAGCUUUUGUACAGAAUAUUCAUGACAGGAACCCACUGAAUUUGGGAGGCCCGUCACCAGGGUUCCAGUUCAGAAUAAGGUCAAUCCCGGAACUAAACUACUUUGUGGAUAAAAAACCGAUCCGAGGCGAACUUGUUAUGAAGGGUACAAAUGUGUCAAUGGGCUAUUUCAAGAUGGAGGAGAUGACCAAGGAGGUAUUUAGAGACGGCUGGCUAUACACGGGAGACGUCGUUGAACUCAUGGACAACGGCAGCGUUAAGGUGAUUGACCGUAUCAAACAGGUGUUUAAGCUUUCCCAGGGCGAGUACGUAGCUCCUGAGUUCGUGGAAUCCGCACUCAACUCCUGCAUUUACAUCGCACAGUCCUACGUUGUUGGAAACUCAGACGAGAACUACCCAGUGGCAAUAAUUGUCCCAGACGAAGAAGCUCUCCAAAGCUGGAAAAAAACUCACGGACUCACCAAAGCAAAUUUAACACAACUCGCCAAAGACCCACUACUCAAACAGUUUUUAUUCAACGAGUUGGAGAGUGUGAUGACGAGUUCGAAUGUGAAGGGGUAUAACAGGGUAAAGGAGAUUUACAUCCACGAUGAGCUUUUUUCGGUGGAGAAUAAUCUGUUGACCGUGACCUUCAAGCUCAAGAGAAACUUCUUGAGACAGAAAUUCGAAAAUGAAAUCACGCAAAUGUACGCCUCACUCAGAAAUUCAAACACAAAAUGAUAGUCUAAAAUUAACUUUAAUUCCAAAGAUCUCUAAUCUGUUACAUCACA